AUGUUCCAGUCUAUGCGCCUUUCCGUUCGAGUUCCUUUGCGCUCGGUGCGCUGGAACUCUACGGCUGGUCCAACUCUGCCGCCGUUGAUGGCCACUCUGCGCAAUGAUCUUAAGACGGCAAUGAGAGCAAAAGAUACUUCUCGCCUUAACGUUCUCCGUGCCUUGAUCUCCGAAACCAACAACGCUGCCAAAACUGCCUCCCCCAUUCAAACCGAUAUUCAGCUGCUCUCUCUGAUUCGGAAACGAGCUUCUGCAGCUAAGGAGGCUGCCCAACAAUUUGCUGAAGCCGACCGACCAGAUUUGAAAGAGAAAGAAGAUGCUCAGAUUGCGAUUUUGGAGGAGUAUGCAGGCCACGUCAAGACCUUGACGGUGGAGGAAGUGGAGGCCGUGAUUUCAAAGGAGAUUGCUGCUAUUAAGGAGGCCGGCAAGAAGCUGGAGGUUGGACAGGUCUUGAAGGCUCUGUUUUCCCCCGGUGGUGCUCUUGAUGGCAAGCCCGCAGACCGAAAAGAGGUUGCUGGGCUGGUCAAGAAGGCCGUUUCUGCUUGA